UUUGACUUCACCAAGUUUCUCGAAAUCCUUAGAACUAAACGAGCCGAGCCGAUUGCCAAAUACAUCCGGUCGUUCUUGAUCUCCUUUUCCAAAAAACAAUGGACUGUUUCCGAGCAGGUAAAGUUGAUUUCUGACUUUAAGAAAUUCAUGUCUGCAAAGUUCGAUGAGUUCGAGCCUUUCAGCACGAUGGCCUCAGUGGAGUUGGAAAACUGCCACGAAGGGUUGGAGAAGUUGAUUAUGAACAAACUCUACUCGCAGUGCUUCUCGCCGAAGAUCGACCUGAAAAGACUAGAUCAGUCGCACAGGGAGGACUUGACCAAAGAUGAAGUAGUGAAGGAAAAGUUAAAACAGUUCAGCUGGGUAGAGCUAGCGCACUUGGACAUCCACUUUGAGGAAAGCGACACCUUCAUCGAUAUGGCCAUUGGCGAGCUUAGCAAGAUCAAUAACUACCGCGCCCCCCGUGACAAGAUCAUCGUGUUGCUUAACUGCUGCAAGAUCAUCUUUGGCUACUUGAAGCAGACCUCCACCGAAGGCAGCGCGGACUCUUUCAUCCCGGUGUUGAUCUACAUCAUCUUGAAGUCCAAGAUCCCACAUUUUGUCUCCAACAUUAACUACAUCGAGCGAUUCAGAGACGGCAAGCACUUGUCGGGCGAAAAUGCCUACUAUCUCUCGUCGCUCCAGGGGGCGGUUAACUUCAUUGAAACAUUGGACAAAGACGGCCUCACGGUCUCGGAGGAAGAAUUUGACUUGCAUUUUGCUGAGUAUUUGCAGAGAGAGGAAGACGAGUUGGCAGCCAAGGAGCAGGAAGAACGCCGCCGCAAGCUCGAAGCCGAGGCACCAAUGCCACAGAGAUUGAUUGCAGGCAUAGGUGCCCGAGCUGAAGAACGCGUGUCUCCCAGCGGAGUUUUGUUCUCUUCGGCGCAGAUAUUGGGCAACUCCAUCUCCAGCUUCCUCUCCCCUCCAGCCUCUUCCGGUAGCUCCCCACGGGCAAAACCAAUCGGAGACUUGGACGACAACGAUGAGGAGGACGUGCAAGAAAGACAGGCCAUGGAGGCAAGCAUGGCGCACCGGAAGGAUGCCUUCACCAGUACCUACAGGAUGUUGCGGUCAAUGUUCCCCGACUUAGACAAGGAUAUUGUCAAGGAGUUGGUGGUGGUCAGGCAAGGAAACAUCGGCGAUUGCAUUGACGUUUGCUUGGAGCUCACCAACGGGAAUUAG